UAAGAGCUCGAUUUAACCGAUUGUCACAUGAUAAUGAGAAUGUGUGAGUGAAGAACGUCAUGCUGAAGCGUUUCAUUUGGUUUGUGAUUUUCUGCCUUGCGUGAUGUGUGUCAUUAUCUCGCUCAAUUUUCAUUACAAUUAAUUCUUCGUUACAUGUACGUUUUAGCUAUUUAAUUCGUCAAUUACUUUUGUUACGUGGAUUAAGGAUAAACUUCUGUAGUGAAAGUUUGUUAUUAGUACUAAAACUCAAUGCAAAAUGAAACGAAGCAGAAAAGCUAUUUGCCGUACAAACAAAAAACUUGCUGUUUUAUCUACACAAUAUGAUAUUCAAAACAUGCAAUUGGAAGCUGCGGAAUCUAUCCAGAUGUUUCAUUGUAGUGAUGGAUCCCGCCAAGACAAUACCCCACCCCCCCUACCAAUGGAAGAAUUCGUUACGGAAUCUGAUGUAGUCGACCAUUGUGCCACACACAACAUCAGCAUCGAUAAUAUGUUGCAAGAAAUUUCGGAGGGUGGUAUUCAAAACAAUGAUUAUGAUUUGAAUGGUAAUGUGGAUGAGGAUGUGGAAUCAGAGGAUAAUGUAACGAUGAUACCCGUUGAAAACUCUUCUGAUGAAGAUUCAAGAGAUUUGGCUGAAGAUUCCACUACAGCUCAUGUAUGUAACAAUCAUAAUAACGUUAAUGAAUGUUUAAGAGAUUGGGCAAUUGUCCACAAUGAACCACGUUCGUCAGUUAAUGAAAUACUAGCAAUCUUUCGGAAAUGGACCGAAUUUAUUGUGCCAAAAGACUCGAGGACCCUGCUAAAAACUCCCACAACCAUCAGGUAUCAAAUCCAAACAGUAGCCGGAGGAGAAUUUUGGUACAAGGGAAUAUAUACUAAUCUCAAACACCUUUUUAAAUCAAAUACUCCGUUAGUAGAUGAAAUUUCAAUUCAUCUCUUCAUGGACGGCAUCCCUCUUCAUAAAGGAGGACCAACCCAACUUUGGCCCAUCCUUAUGAGAGUAGUAGAACUACCUCUAGCUCCGAUCAUGAUGAUCGCUGUAUUCUGUGGUUCCUCAAAACCAUCCUGUCUAGAGGCUUACCUGAGGCAGUUAGUAGAAGAAGCUAAUGAAUUGAUAAGUGCAGGUUUGCAGAUCGGAGGUAAAACACUGGGAUUUAAAGUCAAAGCAAUCAUUGCUGAUUUACCGGCACGCGCUUUUGUAAAAGCUACUACCAAUUUUAAUGGAUAUCAUGGUUGCAUGAGAUGUACUUGUGUUGGAGAAUGGCAUCGUGCAGGAAAAAAAAUCAUAUUUGAUGCUGUUGGAGCACCUCUAAGAACGGAUGAAGGAUUUCGACGAAGAGAAUGUCCUGGUCAUCAUCAAGUUUGGCGGUCGCCUUUGGAGGAUUUAAACAAAUUUGAUAUGGUUAAUGACGUACCAACUGAGCGUAUGCAUUUAAGCGACCUGGGGGUGACUCGACGACAUCUUUGUUGUUUAGUUGGGGGUAAGUUUAAGACAAUUCCAAACCUGUCUCCCACCGAUAAAGCGGCCAUAUCUAAGUUUUUUCUAAAAGUACAAUUUCCUUCCGAGAUCCAUCGUAAGCUCAGAGGAUUGAAUGUACUACGCUAUUGGAAGGCUUCAGAAUUUCGAUCAUAUUUGCAUUAUGUCAGCCCAAUAAUAAUGGAAGAAUUUUUAGGUAAAAAACCAUAUUGCCAUUAUUUGUUAUAUUUUUGUGGGAUAACAAUGUUUUCGUCUGCAUUUCAUAAGCAUCAUUGGAAACGUGCCUCUGAUUUUCUAAAUAGCUUCGUAAGGGAUUACGGUGAGAUAUAUGGUCGUGAGCAUUUAACAAACAACGUCCAUAACUUACAACAUAUAGCCCAUGAUGUUAAUGAAAAUGGACCUAUCGACGAUAAUUCUGCUUACGACUUUGAAAGCUUUUUACAAACUUUGAAACUAUCUGCACGAAUUUUAAACGUCAAACAGCCUUCGUUCAUUAGUGAGGUGCGGGUCGAUUCGCACCUACAGACAUCCGAGAUCAGAGGCUUCCACAAGCGGCCCGGGGUCAUUCAGCUCAGCCCGUAA